UAAAGGGGAGGCCCAUAAAAUCACUCUAAGGGGUGAUAACUCUAACGGUAAAGUUAACGUUAGACAUCUACGGGGUUUACACAUCCCACUUCAGGAGCCUCGCCAUGUCAGAAUACAUAUCUUCUUCUUGUGAACAAGUCUUGGAUGUGUUAUUUGUUCUUUCAGAAACUAUCUGGUAUCAAUGAACCUGAGGGGUGCAACAUUUUGGGGGCUCGUCCGGGAUAUCAGAAGAUAAGAGUGUGAGAUGGUUUGACUGCUGAAAUCAACAACUGGUCCUGCUGACGGAAGACUCAUCAACACCAUGGCGGAUGAAGCAAUCUACAAAUGCAAGGGAGUACUCUACAACCUACCAGUUGAACGACUGAGACUUCUCAUUAAGGCGUUACAACUUAACGUCCCAGACCUGAGGGAAAAGUCAAGAAAUGAGCUGUUUGUUAUCUUAGAGGAUUGCAUUGCUGAUGCGAUUAAGGAAGAAGACAAAGGCAGAGCUGUGGGUAGUAGGAUCCUAGAAGAGGCUUCAAGAUUCCAAGAUGAAGUGAGUCAGAGCACUGUACCACCACAGAAAGAUGACCAAGCCACAGUAGGACCAUAUGGGCAAGCAUGGAGAAGAGGUUUCAAGAUUGUGGGAGGACACAUUUUAGAAAAGGGAACAGGGUUAAGUUUUACCAGUCUCCAGAGACAGAUCACAGCAGGCCUUGAGAAGGGCUAUACAAAAAGGGAGGUGAUCGAUGGGGUUAUCAGGGUAGUAGAACACACCAGUUCCCUCAGACACUACCUUGAUGGACGUGGUGAUAUGACUCUUGCCAACCUACAAUGCAUUCUCAGGUCCCACUAAAAAGAGAGUAGCAUUUCCGAUUUAUAUGCAGAAUUAGGACGGUUAGUGCAGAAACCAAACGAAGAUCCCCAAACGUACCUGCUGAGGGCCUUGGAACUGAAACAGAAGGCAACUGUGGCUGCCAGCGAUAAUGCACAUAGUGGAAAUUCCCUUGUACAAGGAAUGUUCAUCCAGUCUUU